GCCACACGGAGCCCUGCAGGCUCCCAGGCAGCCCAACCAUAGCCUGGAGUGCCAUGCCUGGAGUUCAGCUCCAUCUAGGCCUUGGCUUUCCUCAUCUUAUCUCUACACAUGCGGACAACGUCCCUGUAUUCUUCCCAAGCUAUACAACCCUGCUUCCACUUCCUGUACGUUUCCCUCUUUUCCAUCAGUUUAAGCUGCAGGUCCUUGCUCAGCCAUGCCAGUUGCCCGCCCCAGCUCUACUUCUUCUGCUGGUGGACGGAGAGCUCUUGCGCUCACAGAACAGUGUCCUAAAAGAGCUGCCAGCUCUGUUGUGGUCCUAUGCCCUUAAGGACAGUUUCCCAGGGGAUCCCACUCAGCAGUUCCUUGAGCAACCAGAAGCUUGCUCUCCUGAAGUUCAGGGUCCUGACUCUGCUUCUUGAUAUGCCUGCAUUCCUCCAGAUCACAGACUCCACCAGGCCAUGAUCACUGAAGACCCAGCUGCCUCCAGUCUAAAUCUCUCUCAUGCUCUCCUCUGCAUUGGUGAGCACCAGGACCAGUAAGGCUUCACCUCUGGUUGGUCCGUCUUGUGCCUGGACCAGGAAGUUACCCUUGACAGACUCCAGGAAUCUCCUCAAUACAAAAUGUCAAAUAGCCGUUGAUAAGGACAAGCCAACUGGGGGCCAACUGUUGCAAGCCCUUGUACGAACAGAGGGCCAAGGCUUGCGGCUGGAGGCAGCCCUGUGGUUUGAUUGUUCUCAAAGGGGAGAAAACCCCCCACAGACAGCCCUGGGUUUUGACAUCCCUCGGGAGGAACCUGGAGGUCCCAGAGGGCUGGCCAGCAGAGCGGGAGUGUGGGGAGAGCCUGCAGGACUUCCUCCUGCAGCCUAAGAACGAGACAAUCAUAGAAUCAUUACGGUUGGAAAAGACCUCGGAGAUCAUCAAGUCCAACUAUCAGAGAGAAACACAAACGUUUAUUGAAUAAACCUUCUUGCUGGCCAUGCGUGGGGCUGCAUGCCAUGGCCAGAGCGACCUGACCGGGCCCAUGGGAAGAUGUGGCCAAGGCCCUGGUGAUUGCUGUGAAACACUGACACCAAGCACACGAGAUGUGGGGAAUGGAGUGGGCCGUGGCUCUGGGAAAAGCCCAGAAACCUGUGGAACUUGUGCUGGUGCUGGAGCACGUGCUGCAGGUGAGGACCGCUCAUGGUGAUGAGCCAGCAAUGCACUGUGGCAUCGCUGUGGGAUGGGCAGCGAUGUCCCCAGGUGAAGGUCAAGUAGUCCAGAGUCACGCCCAGCAGCUUGGCCAAGCCAUGCUUUGAGACAUCUCCAGGCAACGGACUGUGACUCCAUAGACCACGGAUGCUUGAAGGUGGGUGCAGCGGCUCAGCCUGGCAGUUCGUGCCUGGCCUCCGACCGAGCGUGUGUGCGAGGACUGGAGUGUGGACAGGGCGAGCUUCGGUGCUGGAACGAGCUCUGGGUGCUGCUCGCGCAGCUCUCAGCGGCCGUCUCAGAGCCACUUGUUCUUUACCCCGACCCUGCUGGCAGCAGGCAGACGGGACAUCCCAGAGAGGCGCGUGCAGCAGCACAGCGUGACACCUGCUGCUGCAGCGACAGUGCUGGGGAGCGCGCUGCCAUCUCCCGCUCCCCAUAGCCCACCACAACUGGUGGAAGCAUGGAGGCAGCAUUAGACACCCGCUGCCCCGUGUGCCUGGACAACUGGGACAGCGCGGCAUACGCCAUGCCGUGCUGCCACCAGUUCUGCUUCCCCUGCAUCCAGCGGUGGACUAGCACCAGGCCCCAGUGUCCGCUUUGCAAACAAAGUGUGCAGUCCAUCAUCCACACCGUGCGAGCGGACAACGACUACCAGGAGCUGGUCCUCAGACCAGCAGCCGCGGCAUCCGUUGCCUCACUGAGCACCGCAGGUCUUCGGGCAGCCCGGCCAUGGUCUGCAGUGCCCAGGCGUCCUGCGGGCGGCCUCUCCUCUGCCACCUGGGCUUCCCUCUUCAGGGAGCACCCGGCCCUGCUGCGGCCCCUGCGCUCCUGGCUGCAACGGAAGCUGCGCCGCAUCCUGGGCACCGAGGAGCCACAGGCAGAUACACUGGCAAACAGUGUCAUCUCAGCCCUGCUCCUCGUUGGCUUGGAUCAGGAGAUCCUGAUAGAAAUGCUGGAUCUCAACCUGCACGGCCAAACAGGGAACUUUGUAAGGCAGUUCAUCGCCUUCACCGUGCAGAGGUGCGGCAGGGAGGCUCACCGCUUGCUGGGCCUCAACGUCACCCCUGCUGCCGGGGCACAGGACGCCAACCCGGCAUCAGAGCCCAGAGCUGCCCCACAACAGGAGGCCCCUGUCCCUGGCCCAGCACCCUCAGGCAUCCCAGCCAGCUCCAACAGGGACGAAAUGCUGGGCAGGACAGGCGAAGACCUCGAUGGGCGUCCCAGCCACCCACCUUCAAACCCUGCAGCGGACAGCACGGAGCAGGCAGUGCCCCGCGAGGAGCCAGGACAGCCUGUGGCAGGGCCCUCUGGCCAUAGCCUUCCUCAGCAGCCCCGGAGAGCUCCGAAGAGGAAGGCGAGUGACUGCCAGGCCUCAGCAUCACCAAAGAAAAGGCCACCCCGCCGGCAGCAAUAGAAGAGCGGUGCAGCUGAUGAGGCUGGGGCCGGGCAGCAGCUGGGACACACACCGGCCCCAACGGACCCUUGCCAUCAGUGUCCAAUGUCACCAGUCAAAUAAACUAGAAAGAAAGACCGCAAAAAUACGUGUUGGUAUUGCUAACGGCACAGCGGUUGUUGCUUCCCCAUCCUCAACGCUUUCUCCCCUUUUGCCUGCUCCCAUGCCACUGCUGGCACUGCCGCAUCCCAGACAGGAAC